UUUUCCAGUAAAUGGAGCCGGUCUGGCCAUGGCCACCAUGGACAUCAUCAAACUCCACGGUGGCACGCCAGCAAACUUCCUGGAUGUCGGAGGAGGAGCCACAGCACUACAGGUGACAGAGGCGUUUAAACUCAUCACUUCUGACCGGAAGGUCCAGGCCAUCCUGGUCAACAUCUUUGGAGGCAUUAUGCGGUGUGAUGUCAUCGCCCAGGGCAUCAUCAUGGCUGUAAGAGACCUGGACCUCAAGAUCCCCAUCGUAGUGCGGUUACAAGGGACGAGAGUGGACGAUGCCAAAGCGCUGAUUGCUGCCAGUCCGCUGAAAAUCCUGGCUGUGAUGACCUGGAUGAAGCGGCGAAAAUGGUCGUGAGGCUUUCUGAAUCGUGUCGUUGGCGAAGGAAGCUCAGGUGGACAUCACCUUCCAGCUGCCCAUUUAAAAAAAAAAAA